UUGAAGGAGCGAUUCGUUCUUGCUUCCAAUAGGAUCGCUGGGGCGAGUGGUGUCAACGUCGGUGUCGGUGCCUCCACCGUGAGUGGGGCUGCCCACACCUAUACAGUAAAUGGAAAUUACUGUCACACCGAUUUUCAGUUGCCAAAUGCACUAAACAGUCUGACAGUUAGCAACGGUGUGACACUACGCAACCUCCCUGUGCAUCAGGUUUGUUUAUACUUUUCAGUUUUUGGCAAGACUAAUUAG